CUGUACUCCAAUCUAACAGCAUGCCAAGCUCUUGGAAAUAUGUGUGUAAUGAAUAUGAACUCAUUGAGUUCUUCAAGUACUGAUGCCUGUGGUUUAUUUCAUUAUAUUUAUGUCAACACAGCAAGGCUAGGCAUUGUUCAUUCAAUAGCCUUCUGGAGGCAUAAUCUUCCAUGGCUAUAUUACGGUGAUCAACCAGGAUUAGCAUCCCAAGUGCUUGAGGCAAAUCAUGUCCCUACAAUCUUCAGUUUUAAAGGAACAGAUAAGGAUGUAAAGCUGCAAUUUAUUGCAGCCUCAUUUGAUGCAGCAGGAAACUUUCUUAAGUGGCAAAAUUUGGAAGGAGGCAUCUUGCAGCUUUGUCCUGAUACCCAAACUAAAUUGAAUGCAGCUUAUGCAUUUGGAACAACGUACCAACAAAGUUGCAAAAUUUCAGUUUCCAAGAUUUUAUUGGAUUUUGCUAAUCCAAUCUUUUAUGACCUUUUCCUUGAAUAUAAUGGUGACAAUGGACAACAAUAUCUUUUGGCCGUGCCAGUUUUAAACUUGAAUCUUCAAUACAGUGAAAUGUUUGUUAAUCAAGGUAGUAAUAUGAACAACUGGCUUUUGACUCGUCGAUUUUUUUUGGUGGAUACGCUAAGUGGAAAAGAGAAUGACUUGAGAAAACUACCAAGAGUAAUUCGAAUUGCUAGCAAAAUAACAAUAAGUAUUCGUCUGGUGUCCCAUACUCAGAGAGGAGCUAUCUACCCUCCUCUACUUACUAUUGCUUAUACAGAUGUGCUUGUCCAAAACCCUGAAAACCAGAGUGUGAUGGUUUCCUUCUCAGUCAAUUAUGAGAUGAAUCAGUCAGAGGCUCAGGUUCAGACUGAUAUCACGUUGGGUGUGUUGGGUGGUCUUGCAGUGUUAUGGUCCCUUCUCAAGACUGCAGGCUGGAAGAGGCGUACAGGAAGCUCUAUAAUUGACUUGCAGACGGUUUUCAAGUUCUUACUAUUUUAUGCUGGAGACCUUGCCAACGUUUUCUUUGUCAUCACCGUGGGCACAGGGAUUUAUUGGCUUGUGUUCUUCAAAGCGCAGCAGUUUGUCUCUGUCCUUUUACCACUUCCAUCUCAAGAAGAAGAUUUUGUUACAUACAUAGCGUGUGCGUUUAGUUUAAAGGCUCUGCAAUUCUUACAGUUGCUGGUUUCACAGCUUACUAUAGAUAUUUUCUUUAUUGACUGGGAAAGACCUAAGGGCAAAGUUCUUAAAGCAGUUGAAGGUGAAGGUGUUAUUAAAAGUGCUGCUGCACCUGUGAGCAUAUGGAGGACAUAUUUUGUAGCAAAUGAAUGGAAUGAAAUUCAGACAGUGAGGAAGAUAAAUCCCGUCUUUCAAGUGUUUGCAGUUCUUUUUUUCUUGGAG